AUGGAUUCUGACGAAGAAAACGAUUUGCAGCCGCAAUGGAAAGGCGUACCUGGUACUAUCAUUUUAAUAAAUGCUAUUGAAAAUUCAAAACAUAGUAACUUUGCAAUCGCACAUGUUGCAACAUGUCGUUUAAUAAGACAAUAUAUGAGAUCAUCAAGUUCUCAAAAUGUUGGAGUAUUUGUAUUUGGUAUUGAUCUUAACAAUUCUAAUUCUAAUUUUGAUACUAAAGCCGUAAUGGAAAUAAUUCCCUUAUCAAUUCCUACAGUGGAUGAUUAUAAAAAACUAAAAAGCUUUGAUAUUUCUUCAUAUAAUGAAGCUAAAGAGUUUAAACUGGCCGAUGUGCUGUGGCAUUGCAGUAAAGUAUUUUCUAACUUUAAAAAGACUUUGUCGUCCAAACGGGUUAUUAUGCUUACACAACUUGAUAUUUUACCAAUACUUACUGACCAAGAACCAACUCUAAAUAGAGCAAGAGAUUUAGUUGAUGCAAACAUAGACUUAACAAUAUUAAAUGUUUCUGAACAAGAAUGUGAAAAUGAUUGCUUAUUUUAUGAAAAGCUGCUAAAAAUAUCAAACAAAGGUAUGGAUUUUAUUUUUCCUGAACCUAUUUGGGACUCUUUUCAAAUUGAAAAAUUAAUGUACCAAGAGUCACAUCGUAACUUAGCUGUAGCAAGAUUAAAUUUUGAAAUGGGUGAAAACUUUAUUAUUGGAGUUGGAGUGUAUUCUUUACUAAGCAGUCAAAAGUAUCAGAAAAAUGUAAACUUGGACAGAGAAACUAAUGCAAUUCUUUCAAGUGCAACAAAAACACUAAAGAUAUCUGUUGAAGACAAUAAUGAUGAUGAUGAAGAGCAACAGCAAAAUAAGCAAAAAGAAGUACCAUUGCUUAAAUCAGAAAUAUUAUAUUAUCAAGAGUUUGGUGGAGAAAGGAUUCAAUUUACUGAUAGUGAAAUGACAAAAAUUAAAAAUCCAUUCGGACCACCUAUGUUGAAACUCCUUGGAUUUAAGUCUGUAUCAAGUAUUUCUAAAGAAAAGUGCUUUUUGAAAUCUAGUUAUUUCCUUUUCCCCAAUGAAAGUAUUAUAGAAGGUUCUACAGUUGCUUUUAAAGCUUUGCAUAAGGCAUGCAGUGAAAUGCAGAUGGCAGCUUUUUGUGUAUUAUGCACACGAGUUAAUGCCAAACCAAUUAAUGUUGCACUGAUUCCAAAUUCUAAGCCACUUAAUAUAAAUGUUGAUAUUGGGUUUGAUGUUGUUUCUAUACCAUUUAUUGAAAAUGUUAGGGAUUUAAAUAUUAAUGUUGAUGAUGAUAACGAAAGUUCAAAUAUUGAAGAUGCACAUAAAAGCUUAAUGAAAGACAUUAUAAAAACGAUUUCAAUGGAUUAUCAGGCUGACAUGUUUGAGGAUCCUAAAAAACAAUCAAAAUAUAGAGCUCUAGAGGCAAUUGCUUUAGGUGAUGAUGAAGACGAUAUGGAACCAUUUAUUGAUACUACUAAACCUAAUUCUGAUAAAUUUGCAGAUAUAAAAGAUGAUUUAUUUGAAGAACUGUUUGGGCCUUUUGGUGCAGUAUUCAAGAGAACAGCUUCAAAAAUGCCUUUUGAAGAUGCCAAAAAGCAAAAACUUGAAGAUAUUGAUGAAAAUCUUUUAAGUACAAGAAUACAAGAAAAGACAGUUAAUAAAUAUACUGUACAACAAUUAAAAGAUGUCUUGAAAUCAAAAGAUAUUAAAGGUUUACCAGCAUUAACUGGUUUAAAAAAACAAGAUUUGGUUGAAUUAGUUUAUAAACAUUGCAUC